AUGACUUCAUCGCAUGACUCACUCGAUCCCUCCGCCACCGCCCUCCCCGUUUCCCCUGCGCGAACCCCCCAACACGACGUGGCGGAGUCUCCGUCCCGCUUCCCCCCGCAACAAGCACCGCGGACCCCGCCGCCCCAAUCUGCGCCAAGAGAACCCUUCCUCUCCGCGCAUUCAUUCCCCCUUGUUCCGCCAGGGCCGCCGGUUCCGCAGGGUCCGCCGCCCCCAUACGCGUAUAUAGCGCCCUCGCCGUACUAUCACUAUCCGCCGCCGCACUAUGCUCCCCCAGGGUGGCGGAUGGGGGGAGCGCGCACGGGGGAAAGGGGGAUGGGGGAAGGCGAACUGGGAGAAGGGGGAUCAGGGGAAGGGGAGCUGGGCGAUGUGGGCACAGGGGGCGCGGGAGAUGGGCGCAUGGGGGACGGGGAGGCGAGGGAAGGGCAGAACGACGCCAUGCAAGAACAGGAAACGCUGCAGAGGGGGAACGAGCAGCAGAACAAGGGGGGGCAGCAGCAUGAGGCGGAGGAAACGAAAGAGGCUGAUUUCGUAUCUCCGCCCUCUCAUCCUUGUUCCACUCCUCAUGCUACCUCCAUGAAUGCUCUUCAUCCUCCUCCUGACCCUCCCCCUGUUGCUUUGACACAAACUGCAGAUGCUGCUACAGGUGCUGCUACAGGCAUUGUCACAGAUGCUGGUGGUGCUGCAGCGGAUGCUGCUGUGGACGCCCUUCCUCCUCCUCUUCAACCUGCACUGCCCUCUCAUUCUUGUGGCUCUCCUGCACUUGUCGCUGCUGCCUCUGCUUCUGCUGCUACAGUUGGUGCUGCCUCAGCGGCUGCUGUUACAGGUGCUGCUGCUCCUGCUGCUGCUCCUGCUGCUGCUCCUGCUGCUGCUCCUGCUGCUGCUCCUGCUGCUGCUCCUGCUGCUGCUCCUGCUGCUACUCCUGUUGCUCCUGCUGCUGCUCCUGCUGCUGCUCCUGCUGCUGCUCCUGCUGCUGCUCCUGCUGCUACUCCUGUUGCUCCUGCUGCUGCUCCUGCUGCUGCUCCUGCUGCUGCUCCUGCUGCUGCUCCUGCUGCUACUCCUGUUGCUCCUGCUGCUGCUCCUGCUGCUGCUCCUGCUGCUGCUUCUCCUGCUGCUGCUGCUGCUGCUGUUGCUGCUGCUGCUGCUGCCGCUGCUACUCCUUCUCAUGCUAAUCUCGUGCAAUAUCCAUCGACCGCAGAAGUGGCAGCUGCACAGCAGCAGCAGCAGCAGCAGCAGCAGCAGCAGCAGCAGCAGCAGCAGCAGCAGCAGCAGCAGCAGCAGCAGCAGCAACAGCAGCGUUACCAGCCACAGCAUCAUCACCAGCAGCAGCAGCAGCAGCAGCAGCAGCAGCAGCAGCAGCAGCAGCAGCAGCAGCAGGAGGAGGAGGAGGAGGAGGAGGAGGAGGAGGAGGAGGAGGAGGAGGAGGAGGAGGAGGAGGAGGAGGAGGAGGAGGAGGAGGAGGGGGAGGAGGAGGAGGGGCACAAAAAAAGGAGGGAGCGCGAGGGAGAGCGAGAGGAAGGGUGUGCACUGCUGGCGUCGCUCAAGGCACACGUGAAGCACCUCUGGAAGAUGGGGCCACACGCAGUGCAGCCGUGUCAGUGCGUGCUGGGGGCGCAUGAGCCCACGCGGGACGACCUUCUCAUGCUACCUCCCACAUCUCUCCCCCCCGUUCCCUCUCCACGGUCCCCGUCGCCCAAUGCCUCCUCAACCCGGCAGCCGUUGCAGGACGUGCUGUUGGCGCACGAGGCGACGCUGGAGGACCUGCAGGGCGAGAAGAAGGGCGCGCUGCAGCUGUUCGCGCUGCUGCUGGGCGCCCCCGAGGUCACGUCCCUGCGCAAGGACGAGCUCGCCGAGGCCAUUGUGCGCGCCGACGCGUGGGCGCGAGUGCGAGGCGAGGGGAGGGGGGGCAUGAGGGGGGACUCGGAUUCACGGGGGAGAGUGCGAGAAGAGAUGUCCACCAGAGGGGGGAGUAUGAGACCUGGGCUGCUGCUGCGGCCGCAGCAGGGGGGGCUGUCAUGUCUGGGCGACAUAGGCAAGAUAGGAGACGAGCAGAUUGCACGGUCGAACCAGCCGACGCAGUUGAAUGAGCAGUUGAACGGCCUUCCUUCAGUAUCCGCUCCCGCCCCAACCCCUUCGGAAGUGCAGCUGACAGUACCGGCUCCUUUCCCACCUCCUGCACACCCAAGAGAAGGGCAGGUGGGAGGGGUGCUGCUGCCACAGGAGGUGGGCCUAUCAGACAUAGGCGAUGCGCGCAUUGCACGGCUGAACAGGCCCGCCGAUGUGCUGCUCACGGAGUUCCUUGAAAGGAGGAUGCGGUGGGAGCACACGGAGGAGCGGGAGCUGCUGGCAGCAAAGCUCGAGGCGUACAUUCGGUCACUCAUCCGCUCCAACCCCGAUGCCCUCACGGGCUAUCAGGAGCUGUUCUUUGCGCGGUGCGCGGGGGCAGAGGAGGACGUGCAGCAGGAGAAGCGGGAUGUUGUGAGAGUGGUGGCGCUGCUGCUGGGGUGCUCUGUGCCCGCUAAAGCCAAGAAGCUCCAGCUAGUGAAGGCCAUCAGUGCCUCUGCUCUGUGGCAGGCGCACAGGCGCAGGGAGAAGGGACGAGCGGCAGGGGAGAAAGGGGGAGUGGUGGUGGGACGGGGAGGAGGAAUGGAACGGCAGCAGCACCAGCAGCAGAAGCAGCAGCAGCAGCAGCAGCAGCAGCAGCAGCAGCAGCAGCAGCAGCAGCAGCAGCAGCAGCAGCAGCAGCAGCAGCAGCAGCAGCAGCAGCAGCAGCAGCAGCAGCAGCAGCAGUGGCGGCAAUAUUACCAGACGGAACAGCAGCAACGACAACUGCAGCAGCAACAUGAAUUGGAGCAAGAGCAGCAGAGGGUGGGGGAAAGGCGUAUGACAGGUGAGGCCCGUGAGGUACCCACACGGAUCUUGAUGCACCCACUUGUUGAAACCGAUGAGCAUGGAGAAGAUGAGAGGGUGGGGAGAGGAGCGGCGAGAGAAGCGGGGAGAAGAGGGGAGAGGGAAAGGGAGAAGGAUGCAGGUGAAGCAGGGAUGAGAGAGAAGGGAGGAGGGGAGGUAGAGGCAGAGGAUGAAGAGGAAGAGUACGCUAAUGGUUACUCAGAAGAGAGGGAAGAGAGGUGUAAGAACAUAGCAGAGAAGGAUGGAACCAUGGACUCGCAUGGGCUCCAAACAGGGGAGAUGGAGGAGGCUCAGGAAAGGAAGGAGCUGGAGUGUUAUAAAAUGGGAGAGCUCCAGUCACGGGCGCAGCUGUUGCUCGAUGAUUUCUCGAGGCGCAAGCCAGACCUUGAAGAGGUGAUGGGUGAAGCUCGAGAAUAUGCUAGAAGAGAGGAGCAGUUUGAAAUGACGAUUGAAUGA